UGUGUGUAUCAGUGUAUAUAUAAACAAAAAUGAGUGUCCACAUAAAUAAUCCAACUAACACAUCAGCAUAAUCCCAACCGAAACAGCUUCUAGAGAGAGACAAAAAAGAACAGAGUAACUAUCUAAAACUCAAAAUGUGUGCACUUGUCCCUCCAUUAUAUCCCAAUUUCGGCUGGCCUUGCGGAGAUCAUAGCUUCUAUGAAACCGACGACGUAUCCAACACGUUUCUUGAUUUUCCGUUGCCGGACUUGACGGUGACUCAUGAGAAUGUGUCGUCUGAGAAUAACAGAACAUUACUAGACAAUCCCGUGGUGAUGAAGAAGCUUAAUCACAACGCGAGUGAACGUGAGCGUCGCAAGAAGAUCAACACAAUGUUCUCAUCUCUUCGUUCUUGUCUUCCUCCCACCAAUCAAACGAAGAAGUUAAGUGUUUCGGCAACAGUUUCACAAGCAUUGAAGUACAUACCAGAGCUGCAAGAGCAAGUUAAAAAGCUCAUGAAGAAGAAAGAAGAGCUCUCGUUUCAAAUUUCGGGUCAAAGAGAUCUCGUUUACACCGACCAAAACAGUAAGUCAGAGGAAGGGGUUACAAGCUAUGCGUCGACAGUUUCUUCGACUAGGCUCAGUGAGACUGAAGUGAUGGUCCAAAUUUCAUCGUUACAGACUGAAAAAUGUUCGUUUGGGAAUGUCUUGAGUGGUGUAGAAGAAGAUGGGUUGGUUCUUGUGGGUGCUUCAUCUUCAAGGUCUCAUGGAGAGCGACUCUUUUACUCUAUGCAUCUUCAGAUAAAAAAUGGCCAGGUGAAUUCCGAAGAAUUAGGUGAUAGAUUGUUGUACUUGUACGAGAAAUGUGGACACUCGUUUACAUGAUUUAAUAAUUAACGAUGCUAUAUAUAUUUUUUCUGUUUUGUCUCUCGUUAAAAUUCGAGGUUCUUUUUAGAAAUAGGUUUUUUUUUUGUAUAUUAAUUUUAAUAUAUUAUAUUAUUUUGGCGAAAUGAAAGUUUCACGGGCAAACGUUUUGGUACCGAUUUGGAAGGAGAACAACGCGAACAUGGGUUGUGUGCAACAGUGUAAAGGUUUAUAUAUCUGUGUAUAUUUUAUGAGGAUUUGUCAUCUCACAUCUGUGGUUACACACCGAUGUCAUAUGUGGACACUAAUUAUCUG